AGAGCGAGCGAGCGAGCGAGCGUCAUGUGUUGCAGUGUUUUGCUUUCGACCACUUCACUUUUUUCUGCCGUAGCAUUAUUACACUAACAGAGAGAUGCCUGUGUGUUUACUAGUAAGUGAAGGUAAUUCACACAAACCCAUUGAGCUUCAUCACCAACAGUCUGUGACUCUGGGUCGAGGACCAGAAACUAAGAUAAAAGACAAGAAGUGCUCAAGAGAACAAGUUGAAUUGAGAGCUGAUUGCAAUAGGGGAUUUGUCACUGUUAAACAGCUGGGUGUGAAUCCUACACUUGUGGAUGAUGUGGUUGUGGGCAAAGGCAAUCAGGUGAGCAUAAAGCCGGGUCAGAUCCUCUACAUGGUCAAUCAGCAGUAUCCCUUCAGUGUGAAGUUCACAGAGGACAUGUCCAGACCCAAACCCUCCAAAAGAGCCCAGCAGAUCCAGAGCCCUUCAAAAACAACAGCAGAUGUUUCAGACAGCCCGCCUCCACCCAAAAAAACAACACCACACACUGUGCAAAAAUCUGAAUCUGCUGGACACUGGAGUCAAGGGCUUAAAGCAUCAAUGCAGGACCCCAAAAUGCAGGUGUAUAAAGACGACAGCGUGGUGGUGAUAAAGGAUAAAUACCCAAAGGCUCGUUAUCACUGGCUGGUUUUGCCGUGGCAGUCGAUCUCCAGCCUGAAGGUGCUGCGCUCGGAGCACGUGGAGCUGCUUAAACACAUGCAGCGGGUGGCAGAUCAGAUGGUGGACCAAUGUCCCGACACACACAGACUGAGCUUCCGGAUCGGCUACCAUGCCAUUCCCAGCAUGAGUCACGUUCAUCUGCACGUCAUCAGCCAAGACUUCGACUCGCCGUGUUUGAAGAACAAGAAACACUGGAAUUCCUUCACUACAGACUAUUUUGUGGAGUCUCAAGAUGUGAUCUCUAUGCUGGAGCAUGAUGGGAAGGUGCAAGUGAAGGAGGGUGCAGGUGAAUUACUAAAGCUGCCGCUGCGCUGUCAUGUGUGCGGUAAAGAACAGACCACCAUACCCAAACUCAAAGAUCACCUUAAAACACACCUGCCUUCAUAAAAACACCAACUACGCCAUAGGUCUCGAACUCAAUUCCUGGAGGCCCGCAGCUCUGCACAGUUUUGCUCCAACCCUAUCAAACACAGCUGAUCCAAGUAAUUGAGGUGUCAUGAACACAUUCAUUAGUUGGAUCAGCUGUGUUUGAUCAGGGUUGGAGCAAAGCUGUGCAGAGCUGCGGCCCUCCAGGAAUUGAGUUCGAGACCUGUGAGCUACACACACACAUUGUUUAUAGUCACGUUCAGCUUGCAAACAACGCAAUGAAUACUGUUAAUAAACUCAUUCUUCAUGCAU